CGGGAGUGCGAGCAGCAUCUCUAAUUUCCUAUUCCGAGUUCCGACGACGGGGAACGCAGUCCUUCUGCUGCUCAGUUCGCAGCCUGUUUUUCCAAUUCCGACGAAGCCACAUCUCCAAUAAUUUCCCGGCGGGAAGAGGCAGCGACGCAGCAGAAUGUCUACCCCAAACCCUAACAAGAAGAUUCGCGGAGAUGGAGAAGCGGAAGAACGCCAAAUCGAGUUCGAUCGAUUGAGCAGUCUUCCAGACCAUAUUCUUCACCUCGUUCUCUCCUUCUUGGACUGCCCCAAGCUCUCGGCUCAAACCUCUGUCCUCUCCAGAAGGUGGAGAUCCCUAUGGAAGCGCGUUCCGAGUCUCACUCUCAGCACCAGCUGCCUCACCCCUUCCAGUUUCGCCAGGUACGUCGAGGAAGUCUUGUCCCGCCGUCCUGAAGGUCGUGACGUCGAAGAGAUCGUCUACUUGCACUUUGAUUUCUCGCUGGACAAGAAUCUGUUCGACAGGGUUGUGAAUUUUGCUGCUUCUCACGGCUGUCGACAUUUAAAUGUUUGUGUGCCGUACGAUGAGGUUCUUGAGCCCGAAUUGUUCGUUCCCUUAGCUAAUAGCGAUCUGAGAAUUCUAAGGUUAAGACGAUCCACUCUGAAAAGUGGAUUUGGAUCAUGUGGGCUCAAGAUGCUGACCAUUUUGGAUUUGGAUGAGUGCUUGCUGCCUUGUGACACUGGAGCUGACCUUGAUCCUUUUGUUAACUUUCCUUGCUUGGAGAAUUUGAUACUGUGUAACUGUUUCUUGGAAGAUAGGGAAUGUGGUUUUAAGAUCUUUGGACCCCGACUGGUUAAACUUCUGAUAUACGAACUUGAUUGCUCUAAGUUGGAAAUAUUUGCACCAACGCUCACGUUCUUCGAUUACAUAGAUCAUUUGAACUCCCCAAGAUUGUACAACUUAAGGCUUCCCUCCCUUGAUCAUGCUGAUAUUUUUGUGCAUGACAAAUGCCUUGAUGAAAGGAACAUGGAAGAGAUGAGGGCUUGUUAUAUCAGCUUGUUACAAGGUCUGCAAAAUGCGAGUAUUUUGGAAAUCAAUCAUGGUCUCUUUAAGUUACUGUGCAAGAAUUGCGAGUUGUUGGAGCAUCAGUCUUGCCCCUUUACUAGAUUGAAGUCUUUGAAAGUAGCUGUGUCUCGAAUUAAUUGCCCGUACAGGUUGCCAUACCAUGUGAUAAGUUACUUCCUAGGAGGCUCUUCCACCGGCGAACAAGCAUAUAUUGAGUUUGGUUAGUUUGGCUAGGUAAUUCUUGUAAGCGUAAGUGGGAACGUUUUUUCGUGCAGUACUUACAACUGCAGUGAUUCAACUUCGCUUGUUUUCAGUCCCUUGCCAAUUUCCCCUGAGAUCCUUGUAUCUCUGCUUGAUUCUUUUGGCCUUGCAUUGGCAACAUUGGUAGAAGUCUGUUAUCUUGUUUUUUCCUGCAUGUAAGCUUUAAGUGGGAACCUCUUUUCUUUUGUUUGGAGUUAUGAUUGUGAGAGGAGCUUGUAUCUGUGCUGAUCCUUUUGCCCUCGCUUUGGAAGUAAGUACCCUAAGCAUUGUCUCGCCUCAAUUAUAGGUGCUUCUCAAAAUGAAUCAUCAUCUUAACCUUUUGUUUGUCGGACCCUGUUUCUCUCGUGGACCUUUUGCCCUUGGCCUCUGCUAUUAUGGUACUGGCCAUAUGAAUUUUCUUUCUAAUUUUUGCUGCUUGGAUAAGCUGAAAAUGUGGAUGUAGUUUUUACCACUUGAUAUGAUAACGAGGAACUCGAUAGAAGCAGUAGCUUGAUUCUGCUGCAGAAAGAAACAAAAGAAUCAGGCAAUUAGUCAGUUCUGUGAUAGAAGCAGUAGCUAACUCUAUACAGUAUCAAAGUUCAAUUGCUUCAAUAAGGGUUCUUCCUGUGCAAAUCCAGGAUGUCUUUAGUUUGUGUAGGUGAUUGAAGGCGGAAAAUACUUCUUUCAUUUUAGGUUAUUGCCUUUGAUGGAUUCUGACUGAGCCUUGCCUCCAGUGUAUUUUAAGAAUCUUUGUAUCACCAUGCUAUUUUGUCCUGCACAGCUUGCUUACUCAUUCUACUUUCUACUAUGUUAUAUGCAUUCCCCCUUUGCUUUUGCCAUUCUUACUGCUUAGCCGUUAUGUAUUUUUUAUGUGCUCGAGUGUUUAUUCUUCUUCCUUAGUCUAUAGUUGGCAGUUAUUCCUUACAUCUAUGACCUGUGGUACUGAUACACUGUUCCUCUGCAGGAACUUGGAGAAGUAGAACUAGGUUCACUUGGAUUUGAGGGAUUGUACUGCUGUUUUGAUUAGAUGUCAUCUAGCUGAAGCUCCUUUUGAACCUUGAGUAGUCCCAGGUUUAGUUUAUAUAGCAUAACUUGCUAUUUAGACUUCAAAGUUGUACUUAAACUAUGUUUUCCAUUUAACAGUUCUGCAACUGCUAGGCCCUAAUUACAUUUCCUAUAGAAAGUCUUUCAUGGAAAGUGUCUCCCACAAUUAUGAGCGACUAUUGUGC